GAGAUCACUGACAACCGUGUGACGCGGGACGAGUACGGACCGCUCCGGAGGAGGCAAAUGAUUUCUUCCAUAUCGCGGCAGGCAUUCAUCCGACGGGUCUGAAGUCCUGAACCUGACGACGCGGCGGGGCAAGAAAUUCCACGGCCACGGCGCGAGUAGCCGCAGUACGUACCCACCCCUGCGUUUUAACGCACGAGCGGACGAUACAUGACCGGCCGGCCCUCCUGUUUCAAUUAGCACGGCUCCCGUACCCGCGACCCUCUAUCGGCCAUUCGGCCCCGUCUCCCUUCCCUUUCUUAUGCGUGUGUUUCCCAGCCAGUCCCCCACUGCAGAUCUCGCAUUCUCGCCUCGCCACAGCCGUUGCUGCAUGCGGUAGCCUUUCCCACCCGCCACGCACGCCGGCAACGAACCGUUCCUUCCUACCGUUUGAACAAACGGUUCUGGGAAUUGGCCCCCGUGCGCGCUGUGCCUUCCUCGAUCCUUUGACCAGUCCAUCCUUGAUCGCCUCCUGGUGGUAUACUGCGGCGUGGAUGGGCUGCAAGGGGUCGAAGCACUCGCUGCUGUAUGGCGGCGGGGCGCCGGAGUCCGGGCAUCACGUGGCGCGGCACUCCGUCGCGCUCAGGUCGUCCACGCUCGGCACGCUCAGCCUCGACCGCGCCGUCUCUUUCGCCGCGGCGGAGGGGAUGACGACGACGGCGAUGGCGGCGGCAGCGGCGAAGUCCGUCGAGGAGGAAAGCGCGGGGAGGCCGGGCCGGGCCUGGGCCACCACGUGGUCCGUCUCCAACGGGUGGCUGUUCCCGGCGUCGUCGUCGCCGCAGAUGGAGCCGGGGACGAAGCAGAGGCAGAUAAGGCAGCCGCCGCGGACGCCGACCAAGACGCCGGCUCGUGACCCCGAGGAGAUCAACGUGUGGGAGCUCAUGGACGGUCUCCACGACGACGACACCGAGGAAGAAGAGGAAUGCGAUGGCGUGCAGGAGGAGCCGUCGCCGGAGUUCGACCCGGAUGUCCUGUCGGCAUUCCGGGACGCGCUCGACGAACUCUCACCCCCUCCUUCUCCUCCUCCUCGAGAGGCCGCCGCAGACGCCGUCAAGAAGAACGUCUUCCAGGAGCAAAGCGUCGACGGGGGCGGCAACCCGGAAGAGAAGAAGCCAUCCCCGUCCCAGCCUCCUCCGCCACCGGAGAGCGCGAGGCGGGUGGUGGUGUACACGACGAGCCUCCGGGGCAUCCGGCAGACGUACGAGGACUGCUGGGCGGCGGCCACCAUCCUGUCCAGCUACGGCGUGCGCGUCGACGAGCGCGACCUCUCGAUGCACGCCGGGUUCAAGGACGAGCUCCGCGACGCCCUCGCCCUCGCCGCCCACGGCUGCAGGCUCCCGCAGGUGUUCGUGGACGGCCGACACCUGGGCGGCGCCGAGGAGGUGCGCCGGAUGCACGAGUCCGGGGAGCUGGCGGACGCGCUCGAGGCCUGCGACGCUGCGCCAUGCGCCGGCGCCGGGAAAGAAGGAGGGUUUGCGGCCGCGGAGUCGUGCGGCGGCUGCGGAGGCGCGCGCUUCGUGCCGUGCGACGUCUGCUCCGGCAGCUGCAAGGUGUUCGUCGUCGAGGACGAGGACGGCGCCGGAGCGUUCAGGAGGUGCCCGGAGUGCAACGAGAACGGGUUGCUCAGAUGUCACGUUUGUUAUUAGUGGAACACCAAAUACAGACUGUGUUUGUUUUGAAAUUUUUAGUGUGCCUCUUCGAUCUAAGACGAUGAGUUACUUACUCCCGUAAGUUGUGUACAGAGAAACAUGAAAACGAGACUUUUUUGGCAAGAA